UAGCCAUGUUACCUCAUGGGAAAGUAAUUCAUCCCCCGCGAAAUGCCUUUUGGGAAGUGUAGUUUAUUCCCUUCCGCUCCUCUUCCCAGGCUUCUUUGCCGUUUCCGUUGUCUGUUCGCCGGUAGCCAUGCCCGGGGGUAGGGGUGGGAAGCCCCGCGAGGCCGCGAACCAGGCUGUAGCGAGUGUGGCUGAAUCGGUGACAGAGCGAGUUCUGCGAGAGGCCCACUGUCUUUAUGUGCAUCCGGGUCAUGGUCUGGUGUCAAUUGGGGGGCGCCUGGGCCUGACCCUACUCCCACCACGCCGCAAAGUGACUGUCAUGGUGAUGGGUAACCACAGUGCUGGCAAGAGCAGCUUCAUCAACUGGUACGUUGAAGAGCACAUCCAACGGACUGGCGUAGCUAUUGAGACUCAGGGCUUCACUUUUAUCACUAGUGGAAGGAAGCGAGAAUCUCUCACGGGUAAUGCUACACUCCAUCUCUACCCCCAUUUCCAGGCCUUGCAGAGCUUCAAAGGUGUGCCAGAGUACCUGAGCACUGAGAUCUGUACCUCUAAGCAAAAGCAGUUCCCCCUGGUCACUUUCCUUGACACGCCUGGCUUGGUGGAUGGAGACAUGAAAUACCCUUUUGAUGUGGAAGCCACACUUAUCUGGUUUGGCCAGCUCUGCGACCUCAUCCUGGUCUUCUUUGAUCCCAUGGGGCAGGCCCUUUGCAAGCGCACUCUCAACAUUGUGGAGAAGCUCAAUGAGGGGCACGGGGACAAACUGCAUUUCUACCUCAGCAAGGCCGAUGAGGCAGGUGCUGAGGGCGACAGACAGAGAGUGCUGAUGCAAAUUGUCCAGGAACUCUGCAAGCGCCCAGGCCUCAAUAAGUGUGGGUUUGACAUGCCCACAAUCUACAUCCCCAACUCCAAUAAGCCAAGCCGGUGUGUUAAUCAGAUUGAGGAGAUCUGCCGAACCAUCGAGAAGACGAUUAGCCAGACAGUACAGCAUACCCUGAAUGCCUUGGAGCGGGACUGCCACCUCAUUGAUGACGCCACACAGCGUUUGCUAGAGGAGGACAAUGAGGCCAGAAGCAGCAACUUCCGUGCUCAUUUCCGGGGGGCGCUCUUUGGGACAGUCGGUUGCCUCCUGCCCGUCUUUCUCCUCCUGACCUUGCUAUUUGGCACAACAUUUGCUCGCCAACUCUGGACUCUGGUAUUAGGAGAAGAGCAAAGCCAGGCACUGGAGCUUUAUGUGCGCCCAGUAGCUUCGGUGUGGAGUCUUGUCCCCGAAGAUCAGACUUUAACAGUAUUUUUUGGCCUUCUCUUCCUCUCGAUUCUGCUCCUGCUCUUGGCCAGCUAUACUUUCAGGACAAAGCCUACCCUCUCCAAAAAACAGAAGCGGCAGCUGGAAGACCGACGGGAUUAUGUGUUGGACGUGGUGCUAGAAAAAAAGAGACAGCUCUAUGAGGAAUACCUUCACCAAAGCAUUGGUGAGCAGGACCUCAGCUGAAACCUCCCCUCGUGGAUUCGAAGAGACUACCAGUCCCCUUCCAUGCCACACUGAAGUCCCUCCCCUCUGAGCCACUCCAGAGAACAGAGGUUGUAAUACAACUAUGAACCUUCUAAGGGGCCAGUUUUUUUAACCCCACUUCAACGGCUUCUAACCCAGUUGGCAUCUUUUCCGCAUAGGUCAAUUCCUUGUAUUUGAUUGGAUAGCAGUGACGACCUGCGAUCUUCUGAACUGUGAUUAAUCAUACCAGUGAUGUCACAUGUGGUAUGACAGUGAGGUACUUUUUAUGCUUCUGGCUAGGCUGGUACACUCCCUUCGGAUAGGAUGGUGCCUCUGGCCUUUUCCAUGGCCCCUGCCCAUAUGGCAGGGCAACAGCAACACUACCCAGCUACUUCUUGCACUCAUUGGACUAGAUCACUCUCCUAAAUAAUUGUACAGCCGUUCCACAAGUUUUGAAUUGACAAUGCUACAGGCUAGUAAUGGUUUUAUUGGCUACUAUCAAGAGCUUUGGGCAUCAUUUUCAGUAAGAUUGUACCACCUGCCUUCACGAUCCUAAUUAGUACUUUCCUCUUUUGGCAGUGCCUCAUCUCUUCCUCAUUGCCUGGCCCCCUACAGACUAUGACUGGCCAGUUCAUAUAUUGACCAGGCCUUGGUCCAUCCAGUGAGACAAGCAUAGUACAUUAGUGCUUGUCUUCCAUCUGUCUCUGUUAAAUGUCAACAUUUGAUGUCUUCGUCUGUGCUUUGGAGAGCAAUAUCUCAUACCUCUGAACCUCUGUGGAUGUUGUAAUUAGGGCUUGGAGGUGCCCUGCAUUUCACACUAUGAAGUGCCUUCAGCUGACACUAGCUGUUGAGUGGAAAGUGGGACAUUUUUGGCAAUACCACUAUUCUCUCUCAUUUAUUCUAGUCCUGUCUAUGUUGUUACUUAACACUGUGAAAUCUGCCCGGACCUGUGACUUUCUAUAACGUAUCCAGCAUCCAUUGUAGCAUACUGGGAGUCUUAUCCCUCUCAACCUCUGCUGCCAGUAAGUAAGUUGGGCUAGAAAGAGGGCUGCCUGAACUAAUUUCAGUCAUUUGGAUCCUUCGGCUGCAUUCAUUGAUUCUGAGAUAACUUCCAUUCUAUCUGAGCCUCAUGAAAUGGCUAAAUAUGGUGUCCAAGGAGAGACAGAUCUCCCCAGAUGCUUCAAGAUCCUCCACGUAGUGAGGCAACUGACAAUAGUUGCAGUUGGGUUAUAACUUCUCAAGUCCCAUCCCCAAAUUGGAUUGUGAUGGAGCUGCUCUGAUGGAACAGGGGUGUAAGCAUUUUCAGGGUUUUGAUCCACUUCAUACAAAAAGGAAAUAGCCCAUUUUAGUGGCAAGGCAUGAUACUCAUGCCAAUUACCAGCUUCAAGUUUCACAAAAGAUUUUAUUUGUUUCAGGAAAGGGGAGGAGCUAGCACUGAUAGAUGUGUAAUCGCUAAUCAGCUCACUUCGUUUUGGCUCCUCCUGCCCCCCCAGCUCUUUCUGUCUUUUGUUGGCAUGAACUGGUGCUAACAUGGUGAUGUGGCAGAGGUGGUUGUAGCCUGAAAUUUGUGUAAUAUACUUGCUAGAAGUUAUUUUAAGACUUGCUGGUAUGCAUCAUUGAUGGGGCUUCAAUAAAACAGAAGCCCCUCUUUCUGUAAUGUGCUCCAGAAAAUAUUACCAGUAAUUUGGGGGGGGGGAGUUGAAGCAUUUAAUAAAGCUCAUUGUAGAACUUGCCUUGGCUUCUUUUUUUCUAUCCAGAAGCUGCCUUUUUAAUGCAGCUGUGUAGCUCCUGUCUCUUCCUAGUAUUUAGUUUCUGUUUUUUUCUGAUGACUGCUGGCCCAGUUCAGAUGAAGGUCACAAAUAAACAGUUAAGCAUCUUUAUUUAGCAUAGAAAAUAACAUUGGUUUGGUGUGUGUGAUUUGAAUGUAUUGCCUUUCCUUCUGUCCCAUAACAUGCUUUCCCCAGACCUGCCCCACUACUGGUGCUUUCCAGAUCGCCAUGUAUGCAGUCUUAGUAUGAAUCGAUCUUACCCAUAAUAAUUCUUCCAAUUUUAGUACUCAGAGUACAUCACCAACCCAAUUCCCCCCAUCCCCAAAUUGAAAGAAGCAAAGGCUUUUUACACAUUAAUAAGAGCCACUAAUUUAAACAGGUGAAGGGUUCCCUCCACUAUUAUUGAAAUUUAUCUUAUUUGAUGCAUUUGUAUAUUGCCCUUCAUUUAAAAAAAUUAUGUCAAGGUAGUUUACCAUUUUAAAAUCCCAAACCCAAACUGAAAGGUUUGGCAAGUUUUUUUUUCCUGAGCCUAAGUAUGCAUCAUUCCGUUGGCCUUCAUGAUGUGUGAGCAAUGGCUGUUGCAGCAGUCUCUUCCUCACUAGUUUUUGGGGUGAGCUGCAGCCAUCUUGGCAGUCUUCACCUUCACUCUCAUUUGAUGCAAGUGGUUGACCUUGUUCCUCCCUCCUUCACACAAGAAACCACUGUGUUGCAUGGCGUUCUUCCAUCUCCGUGUCCACAUCGACAUUGCCAUUGUAUCCAGAACCUGAGUAAUGUGACAAAACUCAGAGCUGGGGGAAGAAAAAAGUGGGGUGAAAGCUUGUGAGCAGUGUUUCUAUAACUUCCUGCUAUGGGGCUGGGGGCUCUACUGUGUGUCA